ACUCCACCACACACUCUCAUACCAGUCAUCCCAACUCCGCAGCAAAAGAAGAAACCAGAGAAAGGCAGCCGCUUCGAUUUCACAUUCUCUUGCUACAGACUUCCAGAGAUGGUGAAGAGAGAGAGAGGGGACACGGAGGUCGAAGCCCUGGCCAUGGCCAAUUGCUUGAUGCUCCUCUCCCGAGUCGGCGAGAGCCCCGACUCAAACCGAAAGUCGUGGCCCACGGAGCGGAUGUUCGCUUGCAAGACGUGCAAUCGGGAGUUCUCGUCCUUCCAGGCGCUCGGAGGGCACAGAGCCAGCCACAAGAGGCCAAAGCUGAUCUCCGGCGACCUCUUCCACCUCGGCCGCGCCGCGGAUUCCUCGCCAGCCAAGCCGAAGGCGCACGAGUGCUCGAUAUGCGGCCUCGAGUUCCCGAUCGGCCAGGCCCUCGGCGGUCACAUGAGGAGGCACAGGGCCGCCAUGACGGAGAGCUUGGCAGCAGCCGCAAAGCCUGUGCCAGUGUUGAAGAAAUCGAACAGCAAGAGAGUCAUGUGCUUGGAUUUGAACUCGUCGCCGAUGGAGGACGACUUGACCUUGCGUUUAGGAAAGGUUGCGCCGCCUUUGAUGCUAGAUCUCGUUUUGUAGGGGCUUAGAGAGAGUAGAUUAUGGUGUACAAAGCAGCUUUUAGCCUUUUAGUCGGUGCCCAGAGACCUCUUUUCUCUUCUUUUUUGAAUUCAUUGAUUGAUAUUUCGAAUCAGAUACUGUAUUAUUUUGCAUGGA